AUGCUCGGAGUAGCCCCGAUUGGAACGAAUAUUUUCCAAUUGGUGCAUGUAGCAGUCGUAUACAUAAACACUCCGCAGCUCAUUGGAUGCUUCGAUGUCACCGACAUCUCGCCGAAGCUGAUCACUGAGCGUGAGUUAGCCUUGCUCAAAUUUUUACUUUUAGUCACCUUGUACACGCACUGUGUAGUGCUCUAUCUCACAAGAUGCAGCUCGAUCGCCGUCGAUAUCAUCGUCCUCGUGCUGACGUGGAUCAAAUCAUUCAAGCAAUUCAAGGACAUGCGCCGUCUUGAGCUCGGAUUCUCUAUUUCGGCUGUGCUGCUCCGGGACGGCAAUUUUGCCGAGCUGGGCAACUAUUCGAACCCUUUCAUCAGAUUUGUGCCCCCAUUACUGAUACAACGCUUCAUCCUCAAUCUCCGUCAGCCCAAUCACACCGCCAAUGACAGCAGUUCGGAUACACAUCACUUAUCUCACCUCAGCUUCCGGGUGUCUUCAGACUUCCUCGGGAAUAUUGGCGCGCCUCUGGACCACAGCCAAUCAGAGCAAGUUGAAGGCAGUGAUAACAACAACAGCCGUGCAGAAGAAGAGCCACGGAACGAAUCUGAAGAGGUUUCCGUACACCUGUCAGAGCGUGCAAGUGACGAGAACAUCAUAGGGCAAAUUGCUUACUCGCACGGAAUAGUGGCUGGACCUUCUACGUCCACCCAUUAG